AUGGCUGACCAGAUUGCCAAGGCUCAAGUGGCCCAGCCCUGUGGCGACACGAUCUUCGGCAAGAUCAUCCGCAAAGAAAUCCCAGCCAAGAUAACUUUCGAGGACGAUCGGUGUCUUGCUUUCCAUGACAUUUCCCCUCGAGCACCAAGACACUUUCUGGUGAUACCCAAGAAGCACAUAUUUCAGAUUUCUGUGGCAGCCGAUGAUGAUGAAAGUCUUCUAGGACAUUUAAUGAUUGUUGGCAAGAAAUGUGCUGCGGAUCUGGGCCUGAAGCAUGGGUAUCGGAUGGUGGUGAAUGAAGGUGCAGUUGGGGGGCAGUCUGUCUGUCAUAUUCACUUCCACGUCCUUGGAGGUCGGCAGAUGAACUGGCCUCCUGGUUAAGCAGGUUGGGGAUAAGUGUCCUUCUCUAGGUAGUUGGCAAGCUCCAGUAAGUUCAAUGGCACACAUAGUUUUGCCUGUGUAUGGAGAGAUUGAAGAGAUCAUUUAAAAUUCU